GGAGAAGUUAAGAUUAUUUUAUAUUGCCCUUUUCACACAUUUUCAGUUCGCCAUACCGCAAGAACCUCCUCUAGCACCGGCCUUGUACGUCUUCAGAGAUUCAUUGCUCGACAACGGAAACAACAAUCUUCUCCCGACAUUUGCUAAAUCAAACUACUUUCCUUAUGGAGCCGAUUUUGCGGCUGGAGCCACUGUAAGAUUCACAAAUGGGAAAACAGUGGCUGAUUUCAUUGCUGAGUUUCUUGGUUUGCCGUUUCCUCCUCCUUACUUGAGUUUGCAAAGAUCAGUGCACAUCACAGGGAUGAACUAUGCAUCUGGAUCGUGCGGUAUUUUGCGCGAAACUGGCAAUGAUUUUGGAAAGUGUUUGAGUAUAUCAGAACAAGUUGACAUGUUCAACCAAACAAUGGGGAUGCAGCUAUCAAGAUACUACAAGAGCACAAAGGAGCUUUCAGAUUACUUGUCAAACUCCAUUUUCCUCAUUGCUAUAGGGAGUAACGACUACAUUAACAACUACCUUCUUCCUAGCAUUUAUGAUACCAGUAGAAGUCACACUCCUCGAAACUUCGCUGAACUUCUUGUCAAUACACUCUCAAUUCAAUUCCAGGUUUGACAGAUCCAAGUAAUCCUUGUUGCACAACAUGGAGGCAGGGGGCUUCAGGAUGCAUACCAGAAAUGAAGCCGUGUCCUGAUGUCGACAAACACUAUUUCUGGGAUGCCUAUCAUCCCACAGAAGCUUUUUAUAGGACCUUUGCGACGAUGCGUAUCAAUGGUACAUCUGUUUGCCUUCCAAAGCACAUAAAUGAUCUUGUUCGUGCCUGAAACUCACUCUCGUGGAAUCUUUUUCGAUCAAAAGACCAAAAGUUUUUGCAUGUAUAGUAUAAAUGUGAAUGUCUUUUUAUAUAUCUAUAUAUAGGAGUAUACAUAUUGGUUGAAUCAAUGAGUUGAAUUUGCUUCCCUUUUAUUUCCAUUCUCAGAGAUCUGUGGACCAUUCAUCUUUUACCUCCUCCCGGAUGAGUGACAAUGCU